UUACACGCGCGCGUGCGCGAAAAACCCCGCGAAAUAUUGUGAAGAUUGUGCAGGUUUUCAAGAUGCAUGCCUUUCUGAAAGGAGGGACCUUAGGCUCUGCGACUUCUAGUGCCAAAGAAAAGGACAAAGGGAGUACCUCAGGAAAGCAGUCCAAGCAAACCAAGAAGCACAUGCCAUGGGUGGAAAAAUACCGUCCCAAAACAGUGGAGGAGGUAGCUCACCAAGAAGAAGUGGUUGCAGUGUUGAAGAAGUCUUUACAAGGAGUAGAUCUGCCAAAUCUGUUAUUCUAUGGUCCUCCGGGAACAGGAAAGACAUCAACCAUACUGGCUGCUGCCAGGGAAUUGUAUGGCCCUGAGAUGUUUAAGACCAGGAUUCUAGAACUGAACUCUUCAGAUGAGCGUGGCAUUAAUGUCAUACGUGAAAAAGUGAAGAACUUUGCACAGCUGACUGCCAGUGGACAAAGACCAGAUGGGAAACCUUGUCCACCAUUCAAGAUAAUUAUUUUAGAUGAAGCAGACUCUAUGACAGGGCCGGCACAGGCAGCCCUGAGAAGGACAAUGGAGAAGGAAUCCAAAACAACCAGGUUUUGUCUGAUCUGUAAUUACGUCAGUCGUAUUAUAGAACCCAUCACAUCCAGGUGUGCCAAGUUCAGGUUCAAACCACUGGCCAGCGACGUGCUGCAGACAAGAUUGAGGGAAAUUGCGGAAUUAGAAAGCGUUAAAAUAUCUGAUGAGGCAAUCUCAGCAUUGGAAGCUGUAUCUGAAGGUGACAUGAGGAAAGCCAUUACUUUUAUGCAGAGCGUGGCAAGGUUAAAAAGAGAAGAGGAAAUAACAGAAAAAGAUAUUUUUGAAAUUGCUGGGGUGAUUCCAAAUGAUAUAAUAGAUGAUUUAUUGAGGGUUUGUCACUCAGACUCUUACGAAAAACUCGAGGCAUUUGUAAAGGAAAUAAUGUUAGAAGGGCACUCUGCGUACCAAAUCAUCACACAGUUACAUGAACUUCUAGUGGUGCACCCAGAACUCGGGGACAAACAAAAGUCUGUCAUCUUGGAAAAACUAGCAAUUGUUGACAAAUGUCUAAGUGAUGGAGCAGACGAGUACCUUCAGAUCAUGGGACUUUGUACCACCAUCAUGCAGCAGAUAUGUCACGGAGAGAAAUAAUCGAAGUCUGGGAAAUUCGGGGAUCGGAAUUAUCUUCAUUUGAACAAUGCCCCACUUUCUCUGUGAAAAAAAGGGAAUUCAGAAAGUUUCUUGCAUUUUGUAUAUUCCCUAGGAGUGGAGGAAAAUCAAGGAAAAGAAGUGAAAAAUGUCUUGUAUUUUUGUAAGCAUUCUUUUUUUUUCAUAUCUGUGGAAGUUGGUCUUUGAAAGGACCGGUGGUUGCGUCAUACAAACAUUCUGUGGAAUAUUUUUGACCUGGCAAGCACUUGUCGAUGUUGAAAGGUGUGGGAACAGUACCGGCUGUUGAUUGGAGAUUGUUCUGAGAAUGUUUUCUUUUUAUGUCCUGAAAUAUCUGCUUUUGGGGAAAAAGUAAAAUAUUUUAGUACAACUGAACAAAAAAUAUUUAAUGCAACAACUGAAAAAUUCAAAUUCAAAUGAAACCAUCCAGAAGAUGAAAAUUCUGAAAAAAUACUUCUUUGUUUUCUCAUCAUCCAUUUAUUACUGUGCUUACUGAGAAGUUUUUCUCAGCAUAUUAAAAGUGUGAAUUUAAAACAUAUUUAAAGCCCUUGCUAUGUCAUACAUUAAGUGCUGGGCAUGAUAACGUGAUCAGUACAAACACACUGAGUGUACAGCAGGCCACUGUAUAUUAACAGAAUAUAAAACAUCUUCAUAAAACUUUGCAUAAGUAUAUAUAUUGUAAGGAGAUCACUUUAAAGCUGUUGAUAAAAAUAGUUAUGUUAGUAAUUCUACUUUUGAAUCAGUUACGGUACAAUUUAAAUUAAAAGAUUAUUUGUUUCUGAAAGUUAUAAUUAGUUCAUAUACCUAAUAAUGCAAAGUUAUCACAAUGUUAUCUGUUCCUUAACCCUGAACAGUGGGCUAUAUAUAUAGAUAUAUGAAAUGUGAACAUACCUACUUUAUAAUAAAAAUUCACUGUACACUA